AUGGUGGUACUGGAGCUCUCGUCCAAGGCGGUGCUGGACGUGUCGAAAGCGGAGCUCGAGGCGGAGCUGCACCGGUGCAGGGUGGAGGAGAGGGAGCUUCUCCUCUCACUCUCAUCGGCGGAGGCGGAGGGGCUGCAGAGCGGCACGGAGAGCGAAGCUUCGGACCCGGCGGCGGAGGCGGACUGCUUCUGUGGCACUGAUCGCCACUUGCCGACCAGCAGCCUCCCUUUCGAAGGCGCGUGGGUCGCGUGCGACUCCUGCGACCGAUGGUGCCACGGCGAGUGUGUCGGCCUCUCCAAGGCCGAGGCGGAGCAGCUGCAGCACUUCGUCUGCCCGCCGUGC